UAAAGCAGUUUAUACCUGCAAUUGACUUAUUUAAUGGCAUUUUCACAAGUUUUACCAAUUUGAUUACAGACUAAACAAAUAGUUUAAACAAAAGAUUAUUAUUUUAUCAUAUUUAAAAGAUACUUUUAAUAUAUUAAAAUAGUGUAUUAUUGAAAUAAAUUGAAAUAUUUUUUUAAUUUAUUACAAUUCGUGUUUGACGGAUACGCCGACUACCAAACUCGACAAGAAAUAAAUAUAUGUAUUUGCAUUAUACCUAUAGCAGUGCAUCGUUGGAAAAUAAACGUAUUAAAAAAUGGGGCGUCGUUGUUGUGUAACUGGCUGCAACUCUACUUCUCGUUUACCGGAACAUCAUGGUGUCACCUAUCACUCGUUUCCCUUGGAUGCACACAUACGCACAAUUUGGCUGCGUAAUACGCGGCUUAGUACAGAACGACAAAUUACCAAAAGCGUACUUGUGUGCUCGAGACACUUUCGUCGUAUCGAUUUCCAACCACAACGUAGUGGAAAGUACCUACUUAAACAACGUGUAUUUCCCACAGUAUUUCCAUGGGGAAAAGUCGAUCCAACUCAAGUUGAAUCGGAUUUAGAAGACCUUAAAAACAAUAGUAUGAACACAUCAAGUCUUACAAAUCAUUCAACAGAGGAUGCUACAAAAGCUACAGUAGAAGCCAAGGUUGCACAAAUAAUGGCGGAAACUGCUGAACGUAGUGCAGCAAAAGCUAACGUAAAUUCCGUAAAGGAUGAUGUCGAAACUGCAUCGCCCAUAAAUACACCAGUUUCUGCAUCCCCGGCUGCUAUUAAAUUUGAGCCGGUUACAUCAUUUAAUCCUGGUGCAAGAUUGGAAGCACAAGAUUUUGAUGGGGUGUGGCAUGCAGCGCGUGUGGUUGAAGUUGACAAUGAUGACAGAGAAGUGUUAAUAAAAUUUGAACGUUCGGGUAAAGUAAAGUCGGCAGUUGUCGGCACAGAAGAGUGGAUUCCCAUGAAUUCAACACGGUUGCGACAAAAAGUUUCAACAAAACCAGUACCAGUUUUCGAGUUAGAUGAGAAGUGUAUGGCACGUUGGUCCGGGCCCAGAAAAUUCCCUGGCACAAUCAAAAAGAUACUCGGAAAUGAUAUGUAUGAAGUACUCUUUGAUGACGGCUAUGUAAAAAAUGUACGCGCAGUACAUAUUAAUAAAAUAUUACCUUUGGACCCAGAGUUACAAACACCAAUAUCAUCGCCGACUAUACUUAGCACUCCACAAACACUUUCAACAAAUUUGCCAGACACAUCAGCAACAUUAAAAACUCCAAACGCCGAAUCAUCAACACCAGUGGCAUCAAGUUCAACAAGUGGAAAGAAACGAGCUUCAUCUGGUUCUCGAAAGGAUUGGCCAUUACUUGAUCUGGCAAAAUUGGAUUUAUCUUCACUAAAUUUACCGGACAUUCCAAAAGACGGAGAAUGGACAUGCCAUUGGGUAAACGAUCAACCAAUUGGAAAAGAAGGUUAUCUUAUUGUCGGUGAGCAUCGAAAGCCCACAGUAAUCGUUGAAGAUUGGCGUUUGCCACCAGGCUGGGUGAAACAUAUGUAUCAGCGUUCAAAUGUCUUAGGCAAAUGGGAUGUCAUAUUAGUUACGCCAGGCGGAAAACGUUUUCGCUCAAAAGCUGAUUUGAAAAUUUUUCUUGAGGAGCAAGGUCAGGUAUACAACCCCGAUAUAUACGACUUUAGCAUUCAUCGACGUCGCGCUAAAGAUAUAAACGCCUAUGUGUAUACGCCAGAUUAUACGCCACAGCCACCGCCAAAACCAAAAGCGCUAGAAACUACAAUUGCAGCCAUGGAUGCAGCAAGUGUCAAAGCAGCUACAUCAGCACUUGCUGUCAGUACUUCACAAUAUAUUGAAACACCCGUGGCCUCAGCCGAACCCCCAGUAGAACUGAUGACGCCUACUUUUGGAAAAGAUUCUCCUUCAAAAGACACUACUUUGGAUAUUACAGAUAAUGCAGACGCUGUUUCGGGACGCUCAGUGGAUGCUAAUUUGCCAGCAGAAGAUGGUUAUGCUUACAUAGGUGGACUAAAGGUGCAAAUAAUCAAUAACCUCUUCCGUUGUCCACAAGAAAGCUGUUUGAAGAACUUCCGCAAGGAGGACCACUUGCAAAUCCAUGUUAAGCACUAUCAUCCGGAUUUGAAUAAGCUUCUUGGUUCGUGUCCAAAGAUGCUUGAGCUGGCAGAAAAACGUACACAUACUAAACCAGACCAACAUGAACCUGCUCCGCGCAAUCAAAUUCCAAAUCAACAAUUCUUUGCUAAACUACAUCAACAAGAUUUACUACAAACGCGCGCACAUAGACGUAGUGCUGGCACACAUGUCACAACAAUUGGCAGUGUCUCUCAGCUUACGGUAUCUACAACGGAUUUCAAAUGCGAAACCGACAACAAGAUGGAUACAGACGCUGAUGCAGAAACUUCACAAAUAUCUGUCGGACUUAAUGACACCUUGCUUAAUAGCUCGGCACAAGAUAGUCAUAAUAGUACAGUCAUAGACGCUAUUGUGGCUACUUCAAUUGCAGUGGAUGAUAGUUUAUCCAACAUUUCGGGUAUACCACCUAAACGUGCGCGCAUGUCACCAAGUAAGCGUACUCUGGGCUCACGUAAAAGCAACCGCCAACGCACCACUAGACGAUACUUGACAGCUGCACAAACCACAGCAGGUACAUCUUUGAUACCUGUUGUCACCGCUGACAAUAGUUUUGGUGUGUCCGAUUUCGAGGAGACUCGCCACUCCUUUAAUGCCACUCCAGACGCCAAAGUUGUAGAUGUUGGCAAGAAACGCAAAUCUUCUGGCGCGCCAGUCACAUCAAUGAGCAGCCUUGAUUCACCGGUAACUGCUGAUUCGGGAUCGUCAUCGUUUCCACCACUAUUGGCGCCGGCUUCUAAUGAAACUGAUGCCAUAGCUGGUGCAUCCAAUGUAAAUAAUCCGCAGUACAUAAAGGAAAAUGGCGAAAUAAUAAAGAUUGUUAGCAUGCGUCAAGAGGAAAUAAUAAAUUGCUUGUGUUCAUAUGGCGAGGAAGACGGUUUAAUGAUACAAUGCGAACUGUGCUUAUGUUGGCAACAUGGCAUUUGCAAUGGCAUCGACAAAGAGGUGGAUGUGCCAGAGAAAUAUGUCUGCUUUAUUUGUCGAAAUCCGCAACGUGGUCGCGAAUCAAUGCGUUUCAAACACGAUCAAGAUUGGUUAUAUGAUGGAAAAUUACCAGUGGCCAAUUACCACAUCGCUAAUCCAAAUCUGCCAAAACGUUUCGAAUUUUUGAAGAAAUCACAUGUUCUCACUGGAAAUUUGGUUGAGUUAAAUCGCUUUAUGCAUUCGUUGCGCGUAAAAAUGAACAUUGUCAAUAAUCGUUGUCAUCCCAAGUUGUAUUUGUGGGCUAAAAAGUGGGAGGAAGACAUUGCGCAGCAAAGUAUCAAAUCCGAUAUAAAAUCCGAUCAAGAUAUUAAAAUCGAGGAUGCCGAAAUCGGCAAUAAAAUGUUGGGUGCCAAAGUGUCGCCAACUAAAAAAAUUAAAUCAGAGCCCACUACACCUACACCAACACAUCCCAUUCCUAAUAUACCACAACCGGAAGCGCCUAUCGAUCCAGUAGAGUGCCAGCACCGUUUAAUGGAGCAUAUUAAAAUACAACAGAAUUUAGUGCUAAAACGUUUAGACGAUAUUGAAAAUGAAAUAGAUGAACUUGAAAGUCAGGAUGAAUUAAUCGAUUUAAAAGACGCCGACUAUAAAAGUACGAAGGAUAUUUUGGCCACGUUCAUCAAAGAGUUGGAUGUCAUGAAGCAACUAGCGAAACUAAAUGCUUUGGAGAACACCAAACAAACAAUGAAAAAUGCCGUAACCGCGAAGUAACUUCGUGUUCGAUAAAAACAAAUUCGAUUCGUAGAAUUUAAUUCAGUUUACAAUUUUUGAAAUUAGACAUGUGUUUCCUUUACCUUGUUUUUGUCAGUUAAUAUUAAAUGACAUAAUAAUAUAAUAUUAUAGUUUGUUUCCAUAUA